AAGAUCGGACGGCUCGCAGGGACCCACGUCGGGUGGUGUCGCAUUUCUGGCCUCUCCUCUCCGGCCGGCGGCGACACCCGGCGGCCGCAGAACGCCGGCGAGCGGAGGCAAGCAGCCGCGAUCAAGACCUGAACCGCACGCGCGCCUCCGUCGUUCUUGGAUUGUUUAAUUUUGUAGAGACACCAGUUUGCUCCACACCUGCUCGAUUGAAUGCCCCUGAUACAACAACUUCUUCCAGAUACAGGGAUGUCCAUCUCUCACUGUGAGGAUAAUGAUUCUGACAGGAUCAGCAACCUACCUGACAAGCUGCUGCACCAUGUCAUGUCCUAUCUAACAGCACAAGAGGCAGUGCGGACAUGCGUGCUGUCACGGAGGUGGCAGAACGUCUGGUCAUCUAUGAUGUUUCUGCAUGCUAACGCAGCCAAGUCCAGCAGCAUCACAAGUUUCAAGAAAUUUCUCGAUAAUGUGCUCCUGUACCGCAAUCCUGUUCCACUGAAGGGACUUUGGGUUUCUGCCGCCUGCGACAACUCUGAUGAUUCCCUUGAUUAUUCCGACAUCCAUCGAUGGGUUCAUCAUGUUCUUAGGAGCAAUGCACGCGAAGUUGGCAUAUUCGUUCGUUGUGGUUCCAAGCUUCUUUCUAUAGAUGGUUAUCCCUUUGCUUUCAACUCGGUGCACUUGUCUAAGUUGGUGCUUUUCAAGUUUACAGUAAAUGACUGUUUUGCCAAGAAGUUUUCUUCUGGUUGCCCGGUUUUGAAGGAUCUUGUGUUGAUAAGCUGUGGCAUCGAUGUCACCAUGUUUUCCUCAACCACAUUGAAGAGUUUCGUCAUUCACAAUGCAGAAGACAUUGAACAUCUGCCCAAACAAAUUGAGUAUCUUGUCAUAGAAAUGCCAAACUUAGUUACCCUGCAUAUAGAGGAGAUUCCAAGAAGAAAUAUUCACCUUGUGGACUUGUCGUCAGUGAAAGAGGCCACAAUUUACUUUUUUGAACACUCUUUUCGAAAUUCCGCUGUUGACUGCAAUAUUCUCAGUGCUCUUUCAAAUGCCACAAGCUUGAAGCUGAUAUGUGAUUCUGUCUAUGAUGAAGUGUCAAAGGUAUUAAUGCGUGAUCUUCCAAGGUGUAAGGCAUUUGACAACCUGAAAAGGUUGAAGCUUGGUGAGUGGUUUCUGAGAAAUGGAUGCUAUCCGCUACUCUUCUUGCUUCGGUACUCACCUCACAUAGAAAAACUUCGCCUGCAACUUACCAAGCUUGGAGCUGAGGAGUAUGAGAAGUUUCCAACUGCUGCAGCAGCAAUAGAUCCUCCAUGCAAAGAAGCAGCAAGAACGUUUCAUUGUGAAAAACUUACAGAGAUUGAAAUCGUCUACCCUCAGGGCGAUAAAAGGGUGCACAUCAUUGUGAGGAUAUUGAUUGCGAACAUUAGCCCUCUCCCUGAAAUUAAAAUCAAGCCCUUUCCGAAAUCCGGAUUAUCAUGGUGAUCUGUGGAUUUUGGUGACUGAGGUGUCUAUCUGGCUGGAUUAGAUAUUCUGAUACCAAGGAUGAUGUUUUUGGAAGACUUGUUCAGCUAUCCUUUAUGUUCAUAGUGCAUGUCUGCAGGAACCAAUUAUCAGAACAGCGAGCUCAUCAUCAUCAGACGAACCAAUUAUGUUCUUAGUUUCUGAACAGCCAAGUGUUCUGAAGCUUCUCAUUCCUGUUUACAAUCCGGCUGUUUUUCUGUUUCCUGUAUGACGGUACUUUCUCACUUGUCCAUUUCAAGAUUGCGAUUUGCAAACUUCUUAUGUGCGACCAACA